AUGGCGCUGGGCUCCAUCCGCUUCAAUCCGGUGGUCUCCCUCCUGGCCGCUGUGUGUCUCUGGGGUUUCGUCCUCUACGCAGUCUUGGACCCAGAAGCCUCCACUGUCUUCGGGGAGUGGCAGUCCUACGUCACGAAGAAGUUCACCUGGCUCUACAUUGUGUCCCAGGACUACUGGAUUGUCUACCUCUUCCCACUUUGCUACUACUACGGGGACAUGAAGCUCGGCCAGGACGACGAGGAGCCCGAGUACGGCGACCUCACCUACUUGGCGAUGGUCUGGAUGGCACCAACAAGUACAAACAACAACGGGUACUUCAACGAGAACGACCGGGCCAUCAGUGGACUUCACAUCACGCUCUUCCACUGGGGCUUCCUGGCAUGGAUCGUGUACGCCAUCACUGCGCUGACCAUGGGCUUCCUCUCCUACCGGAAGAACCUGCCGCUGUGCUUCCGCACCUGCAUGGCCCCUCUCUUUGGCAAGGCCACUUGGGGCUGGAUGGGUGACUUGCUGGACGUCCUGACCAUCGUCACCAUCGUCGCCGGGCUCUGCACGUCCCUUGGCCUGGGCGCCCGCCAGAUUGUCGGUGGCAUGCAACGGCUUGAGUGGCUUGAGGGAACCCUCACCGAGGACCAGCUCACCAACACGGCUGCCUGGCUGAUCGCCGUCAUCACGCUGCUCGCCACCGCCUCGGUGGUGGCUGGCCUGGACUUUGGAAUCAAGACUGUCUCCUACACGGCCUUCAUGCUCGGCAACUUCCUCAUGGUGGUCAUCUUCAGCCUGGAUGAGCCUUGGUACAUCCUCAACGUCAUCGUGCAGGCGGUCGGCUACCACCUUGCGCACUUCGUAGAGCUCGCCUUUGACACCGACGCCUUUGCUCAGCUGGACCUCGGCAACGGCAGGCCCAACGACGGCAAGGGAGCCCAUCCUUCCUGGAUGGACUGGUGGACCAUCUUUUACUGGGGCUGGUGGAUCGCUUGGGCCCCUUUUGUGGGCACGUUCAUGGCCCGCAUCUCUCGAGGACGUACCAUCAAGCAGGUGGUCCUGUACACCCUGACCUUGCCCUUCCUGUACGCCGUGCUGUGGUUCUGCAUCUUCGGCGCAGCCGCCAUCCGCAUGAACCGCCGGGCCAUCUGGUUGGAGAAUGUUGGCACGGAACUGUACGGCAACGCCGACUACUUCCUCCACACCGACCUCACCUUCCGGCCCAGCGGGGCAGGCAAGUGCUUCGACGUGCCAGCGAGCCUGCCAGGAGAUGCUUACAGCAGCUACUCCGUUAACACGGAUGUGAGCCCCGUCUGCAAGUUCUCUUCGGGUGACUCCUCCGGGUAUUGGUUCGACCUGAUGGGCCAGUACUAUGGCAUGGGAAACAGCCUGGUCUUCGUGUCCAUCGUCACCACCAUCCUCUACUUCGUGACGUCCAGCGACAGUGGCUCUUUGGUGGUGGACCUGAUUGCCGCAAAUGGUCGCGAGGCGCACGUCGUGCAGCGCAUCUUCUGGGCGGUGACGGAGGGUGCAGUUGCCAUCGCGGCACUCGCGUCUGGGGGCUUCAGCUCCCUCACCGCGUUGCAGGCCGUCUCCAUUGUCAUGGGCCUCCCAUUCACAAUCGUGAUGAUGAUGAUGUGCACGUCCCUCUGGCGUGCAUUGAAGGUCGAGGCUGGGGAGAUUGCCCCCAGAGGCCAACGACCGGAUUGGAACCUGCCUCUUUACGGCGGCAUCUUCGAUGCUCCUGAAUGGGUCCUAACCUUCGGGAGGUCGAAAAUGCCGCCUCUGCGCGUCUUCACGACCUUCGCCCUGGCAACAGUCAUGCCUCCCGUCCUCUUCUGGCGCUCCAUGCAGGCCAUGUCCAAGUACGAGAAGGCCCCGACACAUGCCGGAACCCACGGCAUGCUCGCGCUGGUGCUGGGCCUUGCCUUCAAGGCUUUCGUGAUCCUCCACAUCGUCUCAUGGGUCUACCAGGCGGAUGCAAACGGCCCCAAGGAAGGCAAGGCGAUGUGGGCUAUGGCCUGGGUUGCGUACCUCACCUUCGCCGGCGUCUUGUCCUUGGGUCGGCAUCAAAUCCGGAGGCUGUACGGCAUUGAGGGCUCCGGCAUCGAGGACAUCUGCGCCGCCGUCUUCUUGUACCCGCAGACGCUGCUUGGCUGCGUUCCCACAUUGUGUGCCGCCUGCUUGAGCUUCCUUGAGCUCAUGCCUGCAUGGCCACCUAGUAACCUCGUAGCACUUCCGUGA